UGCGCCACCGAGCGCGGACCUCCCGCGCACCUCCCGCGCGCCUAGAGCGGCGGCGCCGGACCGCGGGGCGGCGCACUUCCGGCCGCGCGUCGCCGCUCGUGCACUGCUGGGCCUUGCAGCUGGCCUGCACCUCCCUCGGCUCCGGCGGGCCUCGGAGAGAGGGGUGGAAGAUGUCUAUGGAUGUGACCUUUCUUGGGACAGGAGCAGCAUAUCCAUCCCCAACCCGGGGUGCCUCAGCUGUGGUUCUUCGGUGUGAGGGCGAGUGCUGGCUCUUCGAUUGUGGGGAGGGAACACAGACACAGCUUAUGAAAAGCCAACUUAAAGCAGGGAGAAUCACCAAGAUCUUCAUCACACAUCUACAUGGAGACCACUUCUUCGGCCUUCCGGGCCUCCUCUGUACGAUCAGCCUACAGAGUGGCUCUGUGGUCACAAGGCAGCCUAUUGAAAUCUAUGGCCCUGUAGGGCUUCGGGACUUUAUCUGGAGAACCAUGGAGCUCUCCCAUACAGAGUUGGUUUUUCCUUACGUGGUCCAUGAGAUAGUACCUACAGCUGAUCAGUGUCCCGUGGAAGAGCUAAAGGGGUAUUCACAUGUGAAUGAAGCAGACAGCCCUCCCAAAGGACAGGGGCGAACUAUCUUGUUAGACACAGAAGAAAACUCAUACUGUCUGGUUGACGAUGAGCAGUUUGUUGUAAAAGCAUUUCGCCUCUUUCACAGAAUUCCAUCCUUUGGCUUUUCAGUCCUGGAAAAGAAACGUGCAGGUAAACUCAAUGCACAGAAGCUGAAAGACCUCGGUGUACCCCCAGGUCCUGCCUAUGGGAAGCUGAAAAAUGGAAUUUCUGUUGUUUUGGAUAAUGGAGUUACCAUUUCUCCCCAAGAUGUCUUAAAAAAGCCCAUGGUUGGGAGAAAAAUCUGUAUAUUGGGUGACUGUUCCGGGGUUGUGGGUGACGGUGGAGUGAAGCUGUGCUUUGAAGCGGACCUGUUGAUCCAUGAGGCGACUCUGGAUGAUUCCCAGAUGGACAAAGCAAAAGAACACGGCCACAGCACACCGCAGAUGGCAGCUGCAUUUGCCAAGUUGUGCCAUGCCAAGAGGCUGGUCCUGACUCACUUCAGUCAGAGGUACAAACCAACGGCCUUGGCUAGAGAAGGGGAGACAGACGGCAUUGCAGAACUGAAAAGGCAAGCUGAGGCCGUGUUAGGCCUCCAAGAAGUGACUCUAGCAGAGGACUUCAUGGUGAUCGGCAUUCCAAUCAAAAAAUGAAACCAGUGCUCCUGAAUGCGUAAGCGUGGACUUGGCUGUGGAUGUGUUGUUGGUUGUGAGUUACUUUUGUUUUUUUCUUAAAGGUUUGGAAAUUUUUUUCCCCUUAAAAUUAUUUUGGCCCUAAUAAUCCUAAAGAUGGAGCUGGAUUGCUGAGCUGAAUCAUUAGUGAGAGGAAACAAUAUUUUUAACAAUAAAUCAUUUUUUAAAUGAUAAAAAAUACCCAUCAUCCUUCUUAAAGUACAGAUGUGACAAAAUAAUAGGUUUUUCAUGGACAUUCCUCUUGUGUCUCUUGCCACAAAUAGAAGCCAAUACUCCACACAGUGUUGGACUUAGCUCUGCCCAGCUUAAUUGCCAUUAUUGGCAAAGUGUCUAGGACUGGGUCCUCUCGGCUGAAGAAUGGUAUUUGGCAGUGUGUAUAGAGGUUGUGACCUAACACAGAGGUAAAUGUGUGGAGGCAGCAUAUGUGCACUAUUGAUGGUAACAGAUUGGGGUUCCACUGGAAUAGUCAUUGCAGGUUUGUACUAGGUUUUAUCUUAGCAUUUUAUUCAACGUUCUGGUUCCCUUCAACACAUGGUCCUGGCAGUCUAGUAGGAAUUGAAUAGCAUUGAAUUAUUUUUCUUGUUGCAGUGACGGAGGGGAGGUGAUGGAUCCACAGUCAGUCAGUGGGAGUCAGGGAUGCCCUCCCUGUGCUCUGCACUGUUUCGGUUAGUCCUGCAUAAGCAUUACUUUGAAAUUCUAGGCCUGUUCAGAGACACAAAACUUUUAUUCCCAAUGUGAAUGUGAUUUGCCAGAAUUAGUGAAGUAAUGGAUUGAAUUAAUAGAUAAGCUAAAGCUUUCAAUAGAUGGCUAGAAUGAAAUGCCACAUCAAGUAUUAUUUGGAAAACAUGAGUCAUUAAGUAAAGCUUGUGACUGGGUAGAAAUAGUCAGGAUUCCACCACAUGGGGAGAGUGUCUGCUCCAGGUCUAGCGGCCCAGGAGCUGUGCUGAGUUGAGUGGGAGCUGGACAGAGAGCUGCUGGCCCUGCUCCCAUAGACUAAGUCAGCAGUCAGAGUGGCCCCUGCUGCUGCAUGCUAAACUGCCUAGGCGAUUCUGAAAGGCGUGACAGCUGGACUAGCCUAGGAGGGGAAAACAAAGUCUUUUUUUCUAUGUACUUACAUUGAGGGUAUAUAUAGAGAUAUUUUAUAGAUUCUUAUACAUAUGUUUGUGUAUGUGCAUAGUUUAUUCAUGCAUAUUUUUACAUGAAGGCUGGCCUCCCUCCACUAUUUUCUUAAAAUAAAGAUAUUUUAUUGGACAAACAAAAACUAGGAGUUUAUUAUCAAAAAAAAUCCUCUGUAAUUAACUCUGAGGCAUUAUUUUUGGCACAAUAAAAAUAAUGAAAACCAUAAAGGGGCAAGCAGAUGCGUGAUAUAGAGAAACACUGACUAUAAGGCUUCAAUACAAAACACUUGCUAACAGACAAGUCCUUAACUACCUUUUUCAUUAGCACCUACUCCACCAUUAAAUGGUCUCUGAAAGUAGGAAUUUAGUGAUUUUAUUUCAUUUUAGAGUUGUAUCUUAGAGCACCAAGGUUGUUUUCUGUUAGUAAAAGUCAAACUGACAUGGGGUGCUUAUGUACAAAUCUCUGUGUCUCCAAGUUGUUACUUUGUUGUAAUUGGUCUCUCUGAAUGUUAACAACAUCUUAGGCAUGGUGGCACAGACCUGUUUCCUUUGCAGUUGUGAGACUAAGGCAGGAGAAUUUGAGAUCCAGGAGAGCCUGGGCUACAUAGUAAGAUUUUAUCUCAAAACAAAACAAAACAAAAGGCACCUGACUUAUAUAUUUCAUGUUCAUUCACAUUCCUAACCACCACAUAGCACUGACAUAUUUUAUUACUCUAUUGAAGAUAUGACUUUGCUCAAGUCCCACCUUCUUCCUGUCUUCUCUCUCCCUUCCUAACAAGUCUCACUGUGUAGUUCAACCUGGCCUCAAGCUUACAGUCCUCCUACUUGAGAGGACUAAGCAUGCACUUAUAAUCUGACCAUAAUGUUUUGAAUAUUUCUUUCCCAAAAAUUGGUUAUAAUUUUUAGGCUGAAAGUAUAGCUUUGUGGUUAGAACACUUAUUUAGAAUGUCUGAGGCACUGGGUUUGAUCUGUAGUAUAAAAAGGAAGGAUGACUUUUGCCUUGUAGUGAAAAUAAUUACGCCUUUAAUACAUAUACUUCAACUCUUAUUUCUUUGACUAUUCUGAUGCCAGCUUGAAAUUUUUCUACUUCCUCCUACUAAUGAAAUAAAAAUCUUUCUUCAGUGUGUCCAUCACAAAUGGAGUGAUGACACUUUAUCUCACAGAGGUGUAUGUAUAUGGUGAUGUGUACUAGAUCUGUCCUUACUGGCAGAUUUGAGGGCUAAUGAACUAAUAAAGGCAGUCAGUGGGGGUAUUGCCCCCACCCCGUCCUUCUCUUUUUUUCCUUUGAGAUGGGUCCCAUGUAACCCAGACUAACCUUCAACUUGCUAUGUAGCCAAGGAUGAACUUGACCUUCUGAUGCUUCUGCCUCUGCCUCCAGAAUGCUGGGGUAGCACUCAUAUGUCACCAUACCAAGUUUGCAUGGUGCUGGGGCUCAAACCCAGGUCUUUGUGCCUGCUAAGCAAACACUACCAACUGAGUUAUAUCCCAAAGCCCAAAUAUGUGGAGGUUUUGUUCAUUAUUUAUAGGGAAAUAUUACAAAGGAAGCACUGGUUGUGAUUUUGAAUAUUCUCUCUUGAUACAGAAGAACUAUAUGUAAGGAGAUACUUUGGGGUAGUGGUGUGUAGUUUUUUCUUCUCUUUGGUGUACAAAAAUGAAAAACAACCAUUUAAGCAUACCAUGUUUUAAAAAGCAAGAAAAGUGUCUGGGAACCCAGCUUGGGUAGGAAAGUGGUUAACCUGAACAAGGUCUUGGUUUGAUCCCCAGUGCCCCCCACUUGACCUCCCCCUCCAUGAAAAACAAGGGACUAUGAAUGGUUAAAAGUGGAUUCAGAUUAUAAUAAUGUGUGAAAAUGUGAUAAUGAAACUCACUGUUUUUUACAAGUAAUGUGUACUAAGAAAUUUUCUAAGUUGAGAAAGCAGUCUUGGCAGAGGGAGCAGGAAGUUUAGGGGGAAAGGACUACCACUUUUGUUGGUGGCUUUUGAAUCACUACUAUGAAGGGUGUUAUGACUAUUUGUAUGUAUAUAUCCAUUUAGUAUAGUGAUUGCAUCAGCACACCCAUAGAGAUAAACCACUUCUCUGAAUAGUUAGUCAUCUCCAUAUUGGCACUCCAGGCAGCUGACAAUUCAGCUCAAGUCCUUAUAAUAUUCCUGUUUAUCAUCUGUACUGUAGCCAGAGUGGAGUUUUCCCCCCCAAAAUGUAAAUUUUUGCCAUCCCUCCCUGGCUUGAAACAUUGUAGUGGUCUGGAUUCACUCAUUUCUCUAACUUAAUCUUGCUACCCAGUGUUACUCAAGUUUGCAGCCCCAACCAUGUGGGCCUUCUUUCUGUCUUUAACCAAUGUUUUCUGAUGUUCUAGAACCUUCCAGUGGCCUGCUUCCUUCACCUAAAUGCCAUUUGCCAUUCCCCAAACCUUCAGACUGCAUCUGCUGUCAGGCCUCAUGGACUUUGCCUGCCCAGCUCCUGCUGGGUGGUGUGUUUUUCUCUGCACCCAUUUUCCUGGCACGUGUCACUCACAGCUUGUUUCAGCCUCUGUAUGUGAUGUUUCUCUUUCACACCAGCUCUCUGCGCCGCGCCACACAAGGGCAGAGCUGUGUCUGCUUCUGUUCCCCUUUAUGACUACCCAGUGCCUAGAACAUCAAAGGCAUUCAAUAAAUAGUGUUGACUGGAUCAAA